UCUGAAAACACAACACUUUUUGUUUUAUUUUCUUGCAUUUUUAAAAGAAUAAAAGAAUGAUUGUGCUAGAAAAAGAAAGUUGAAGACUUUGUGGAGAAGCAAUCCAACUCAACUCCUCUUAGGCUCUCAGUGAAGAACAAAAACGACACCAGAAUCGAUCUGUUUAGUCUCUCUCUCUCCCACAGCAGCAAUGCCUGAGUUUUAGCCUCUUUUUUUUUUUUUUUUUUUUUUAAAUUUAAUUUCUUCUUCUUCUGGGGGGUUUCUUUUGAAGACCUCUUCUGCGGCAACAAUGGCGUCCAGAACCAAAACUGGUUUAAUGGAGACUCCUCGUAGUAAACCGUCACCGCCAACACCAAGAGUUAGUAAACCAACAGGGACUAAAUCAUCAGAUGGCAAUUCACCAUCUCCGGUUCACAGCAAUCGUCUUUCACUAGACCGUUCACCGCAAUCUGUUAACUCCAGGCCUGUUUCUGAUCGUAGGACUGCAAGGGUUCCUACUCCACCUGAGAAAUCGCAAUCACGGUUAGGGAAGGGAACUGAGCUACUGGCUCAACUGAAUCAAAUUCAGGAGGAUUUGAGGAAAGCUAAUGAGCAAAUAGAAAGGCUCGAGAAAGACAAAGCUAAAGCUCUUGAUGAUCUUAAAGCAUCAGAGAAACAGACUAAAGAAGCCAAUGAGAAACUCAGAGAGGCAUUAGCAGCUCAGCGGAGUGCUGAGGAGAGUUCCGAGAUUGAGAAAUUCCGAGCGGUUGAACUAGAACAGGCGGGAAUUGAAGCGGUUCACAAAAAGAAAAUCUCUUGGAAGAAAGAAGUUGAGUCUAUAAGAAGCCAGCAUGCUUUGGACAUCUCAGCUCUUCUCUCUACUACAGAAGAGCUCCAUAGGAUGAGACAAGAACUGGCUAUGACUGCAGAUGCUAAGAAUAAGGCUCUCAGUCAUGCUGAGGAAGCCACGAAGAUUGCUGAAAAUCAGGCUGAGAAGGCUGAGGCUCUUUCUUCCGAACUAAGCCGCUUAAAAGCAUUGGUUGGUUCAGAUGAACAAAAGAAAGCUACUGAAAGCGACGAGGUUGUGUGUAAACUGAAAUCUGAGAUUGAGAUGUUGAGAGGGAAACUUGAGAAAAUUAGCAUCCUGGAGAAUACGCUGAAGGAUCAAGAAGAGUCCAUGGAACAGCUCCAGGUCGAUCUUGAAGCUGCUAAAAUGGUUGAAUCCUAUGCUAAUAACUUAGCAGCAGAGUGGAAGAACAAGGUUGAUAAACUUGAAAAACAAGUUGAAGAAUCAAAUAAGUUUAAGACAUCUGCUUCAGAAUCUUUAGAUUCAGCUAUGAAGCAGCUGGAGGUAAACAGUCAUGCGCUUCAUGAGGCAGAGUUGAGUAAUGCAGCGUUAAAAGAAAAGGUUGAGUCACUGGUGGCGACGUUUGGAAGGCAGGAAAAAGAUCUUGAGGAAUCUCAAGGCCAUGUUUGCAGUUUAAACCAAGAAACUUCUAAGCUUGGAAAGCUUGUUGAGUCAAUAAAAUAUGACCUUACAACCACCCAAGAGGAAAAGUUUAGGGCUUUGGAGAAUGAAAAGACUGCAACAUCACAUAUUCAGAACCUAUUAAACGAAAAGACAGAAGUUGCGACAGAGUUUGAAAACUGUAAGAAGGAACAAGAGAAAAGAAUGAAAGAUAUGGAAAGCUUAACUUUGGACUUGCAACAAGUAUCUUUGGAAGCAAGGGAAGCAAAGGAGAAGCUCUUAACAUGUCAAGCGGAGCUCGAACAUUGUGGAUUCCAGAUUGAAGGUUUGAAUUUGGCUGAAAAAAAUACAAAUGAGAAGUAUGAAAAAAUGCUUGAAGAUGCAAGAAACGAACUUGAUAGCCUGAAAAGUAGUUUGGAAAACACUCAGAAUGAGUUUUUCAAUUCUAAGACUGAGUGGGAACAAAGAGAACUUCAUUUGAUGGUUUGUGUGAAGAAAUCAGAAGAGGAAAAUCACUCUGUGCAGGAAGAACUUAGCGAGGUGAGGAACUUGCUUAAUCUUAAGGAAAUUGAGGCAUGUGCAGCGAAAGACGAAGAAGCCAAAGUGAAACUUAGUCUUAAAGAACUUGAGGAGGAGGUUAAGGAGCUGCAGGAAAGAGUUGGAGAAGCUAAAGCUGAAAGCCUGAAAGUUACAGAAAGCUUGUUGGAGAAAGAAGAGGAGCUAAAGAACGCUGCUGCAGAAAGCAGAAAACUCAGAGAAAUAGAGGUUUCUUCUCUUGAAAAAAUUGAUGAGCUGACAAAGGUGAAUGAAAGCUUGAUUGAUAAAGAAACAAAACUGCAGAGCGUUAUUCAAAGAGCGGAAGAGCUCAGAGUUAGGGAGAUUGAUUAUCUCAAAAAGAUUGAAGAGUUGUCAGCGGCGAAUGAGAGCUUGGUUGAAAAAGAAACCAAACUGUUGAGCAUUGUUCAAGAAGCUGAGGAGCUUAGAAGAAGGGAGCUUGCUUGUCUGAAGAAAAUUGAAGAGUUGUCAGCAGUGAACGAGAGAUUGGUUGAGAAAGAAACCAAAUUGCAGAGCAGUAUUCACGAAAUUGAGGUGCUCAAAGAAAAGGAGGCUGAAUAUAUCAAGCAGAUCGAGGAAUUUUCAUUGUCGAAUGAAAAAUUAGUAGAGAAAGAGGCCAAACUGCAGACCAUUGUUGAGGAAUAUGAAGGGCUAAGAGAGAAGGAGUCUUCUUAUCAUAGGCAGAUUGAGGAGUUAUCAAAGGUAAAUGAAGUCUUUGCUGAUACAGAAACCAAACUCCAGAGUUCUACUAAAGAAAACGAAGAGCUAAGAGAAAGGGAAGUUGCCUAUCUUACGAAAAUUGAAGAGUUAGCGAUGCUGCAAGAAAAUCUUCUUGAUAAAGAUAAUGAGCUGCAUGAUAUGGUCCUUGAGAUUGAAGACCUUAAAGCCAAGAACUGUCUAGCUGAAAAGAAGAUUGAAGAGCUAUCAAAUCUAAAUAAUAGCUUGCUCGUGAAAGAGAGAGAGAUACAAGUUGUUGUUUGUGAAAAUGAGGAGCUCAAAUCUAAAGAAGCCUCAUCACGCAAGACAAAAGAGCAGUUGUCCGAUCUUAAACAAAAUUUGGUUGAUAAAGAAAACGAGCUGAAGACUGCAGUUGUUGAGAAUGAGAAGCUCAAGGCCCAAGCUGCCUCAUCACUUGAGAAGAUUGGAGAGUUGACACAUCUUAAACAGAGUUUACUUGAUAAAGAGAACGAGUGGCAGAGUGUUUUUCAAGAAAACGAGGAGCUUAAGGCCAAGGAGGCAUCAUCUUUAAAGAAGAUUGAUGAGUUAUUACAUCUCGAGCAGAGCUGGCUUGAUAAAAGAAACGAAUCUCAGAGAAUUAGUCAAGAAAAUCAAGAGCUUAAGGUGCAGGAAGCUUCAGCGUCAAAGAAGAUAGAGGAGUUGUCAAAGAUGAAAGAGACUCUACUUGAGAAAGAAACUGAGUUGCAAACCGUAAUUCAGACUAACGAUGAUUUGAAAGCUACGGAGGCUUGUGCGCUUAAGAAGAUAGAAGAGUUAUCAAAGUUACUAGAAAAAGCUUCUUCCACACAAGAGAAACCAGAUGAGAACGGCAAGCUCAGAGGAAUCGAAAAAGAUUAUGACUUACUCCCUAAAGCAGAGGAAAAUGGUCUCAGGUGCAUACAAGAGGUUACUAAUACCAUUCCUUCUGAUCACAGAACCGGAGAAGAAAAAGUACAAGAAAUUCCAAUGGAAGCCAUUGAUAGACAUUUGAAAGAUGACACAGCAAUCCAUUGGUUAGCUCACAAAGUUGAAGCAAUAGGAGAAGGAGACAAAGAUAAAGAAUCCAUAGAAGGAGAAGGCUAUCAUUUAGAAAAGAGAGAAGCUUCUUCAGAAAGAGAGACAGAGCAUGACUUUGCUGAAGAGGAACUAGAAUCGAAAGCAGAAGGCAGGGAGCAGUUAAUUAAUGGCUUGUAUUCAGGAGAACACACGGAAGAUGGUGGAAGUUUGCUCUCAAAGGACCAACAGCAGAAAAAGAAGAAACCUUUGCUCCGAAAGUUUGGAAAUUUACUGAAAAAGAAGAGUAGUAGCAGCAGCAGCAGCCAGAAAUAGAGGAAUAAAAUGUGAGGAUUAUACUACAAUCUCUAUCGCAACUGAACAUUCCUUGGUUGAUUUGGCUCAAAUCUUUAAUAGUAUAGCUCCAGUUACAUGUAUGGUGAUUGAUCUUUGUUUUCCCUUCUUCAAGAUCUCAUCGUCC